AAAAGCAUUACUUUCUUUUUCCUUUUUUUCUUUUAUUUUUUUCAAACCUCCCAAAGAAAGCAAUGACAAGAAGCAGGGGGAGAAUUUGGUCCAGAUGCAACCAAAGGAGCCAAAAGAAGCAUAUUUUUUGCAAGAAGGGUAAUUAACCAUUGGAACAAACUACCCACAAUAACAGAUUUCUUUGUCUCUCGAGGUCUUCCAAAAGAAGGGUGGGUGCUUCUAUGGAAAAGGCACAUGAGCCAAAGAGAAAUUACAGGGGCCAUUACCACUGCAAGCGGAUGCAGUCCUCUGAGCUGUGCUAUGGAGGAGGUCAGCUCAGCCUCCUGGCCUCUGAACUUGUGAAUCAUACAGUCCUUUGGCUUUCAGGAGGGCCCCUGUCUCACUCAUGCACGCAGCACUGACGGAUUUAAUCAACUUCUUGCUGACAGCAGCAGAACAGCACUGCUCAUGCAUCCUGGCUGUAAUGCAGAUCCUGAUAGGAGAGCCACCAAGCUCCAGACCUUUCCCCUCUUCUGUUCCCUUGGUGACUUUUGCUCUUAAAACCUGACACUGACCCACUUCUAAGCUGCGCAUAACAGCUCUGUUCUGCCUCAUGGCCACAUCCAUUAUCUGCAAAACCAUCAGCCUCCUACAGUUCCAGAGCCUUGCCUAAUUUGCUGCCUCUCCUUGGUCCCAUUUGCUCUGUAACAGCUGCCAACAACUCACUAUGAGACCACACAAGCUUGCAUCCACACCGACAUCCUAAACUCGUCCAUCAUCUGCAUUUCCAGCAGGAUCCUCCUUUGAGAUUGCACCCUGCUAUUCAAAGAAUCAUGGAGUCAUUAAGCUUGGAGAAAGCCUCUGGGAUCACCAAGGCUGGCCAUCAACCUACCACCAUUAUUACCUACUAAACCACAUCCCUCAGUGACACACUCCCACUGUUCUAGAACACCUCCAGUGAUUCCACCACCUCCCUGGGCGGCUGUGCCAGUGCAUCAUGACUCUUGGAGAAUAAAUUUUUCCUAAUAUCCAACCUGAGAUGGAUGGAUCCAGUCUGGAGAAGGUAUGGCGGAAGCUGUCAGCUCAAGCAGGGACUGCCUUCAGGCAGGUGAAUCCUGCACCAACGACCCCAUCUGCAGCUCCAAAUUCAGGACCCUCCGGCAAUGCAUCGCAGGGAAUGGAGCCAACAAGCUGGGCCCCGAUGCCAAGAACCAAUGCAGGAGCACAGUGACUGCCCUGCUCUCCAGCCAGCUCUAUGGCUGCAAGUGCAAGCGAGGCAUGAAAAAGGAGAAGCACUGCUUGAGUGUCUACUGGAGCAUCCACCACACGUUGAUGGAAGGUAUGAACGUGCUGGAGAGUUCUCCUUAUGAGCCAUUCAUCAGGGGCUUUGAUUACGUCCGGCUGGCCUCCAUCACUGCAGGGUCUGAGAACGAGGUGACCCAGGUAAACCGCUGCCUGGAUGCUGCCAAAGCCUGCAACGUGGACGAGAUGUGCCAGCGGCUGCGGACGGAAUAUGUCUCCUUCUGCAUCCGGCGCCUGGCUCGGGCCGACACCUGCAACCGCUCCAAGUGCCACAAGGCCUUACGUAAGUUCUUCGACCGUGUGCCACCCGAGUACACCCACGAGCUGCUCUUCUGCCCCUGUGAAGACACAGCCUGUGCUGAGCGCCGGCGGCAGACCAUCGUUCCAGCCUGCUCCUAUGAGUCCAAGGAGAAACCCAACUGCCUGGCACCGCUGGACUCUUGCCGUGAGAAUUACGUCUGUAGGUCGCGUUAUGCAGAGUUCCAGUUUAAUUGCCAGCCAUCCCUGCAGACUGCAAGUGGCUGCCGGAGGGACAGCUAUGCUGCCUGCCUGCUGGCCUACACUGGGAUCAUAGGCAGCCCCAUCACCCCAAACUACAUUGACAACUCGACCUCCAGCAUAGCACCCUGGUGCACUUGCAACGCAAGUGGCAACCGGCAGGAAGAGUGUGAGAGCUUCCUGCACCUCUUCACUGACAACAUCUGUCUCCAAAAUGCCAUCCAGGCUUUCGGCAAUGGGACCUACCUGAACGCAGCCACAGCCCCAUCCAUCCCCCCCACCACACAGAUGUACAAGCAGGAGCGAAACGCCAACAGAGCUGCAGCAACCCUCAGUGAGAACAUCUUCGAGCACCUCCAGCCUACCAAGGUGGCUGGAGAGGAGAGGCUCCUGCGGGGCUCCACUCGUCUGUCAUCAGAGACCUCCAGCCCAGCAGCUCCCUGCCACCAGGCAGCCUCCCUGCUGCAGCUGUGGCUUCUCCCUACUCUUGCUGUGCUGAGCCUCUUUGUGAUGUGAAGCAGAGUGGGAUCACGCCGGGCAGUGACUCUCUUUGUGUUGGUUUCUUUAAAAAAAAACACAAAACAACCAGACAAGGAACUUCUUUCAGGAGGUGGGGUAGGAGGAAGGAAGGGAUGGGAAGGAGAGGUGAGUGUGUAGGCAUCCCUUUCUCCUCCUCAUCCAUCUUCCAAUUUGUUUGAUUUUAUACAAUCAGCGUUGCCAACAACCAGCUCAUCUUUGUCUUGGCCACCUUUCACCCCACAGUGUGGUUGCUGUCUCUCCAGCUCUCUGUGGAUUGGGGUUGUGAUCCACAGACAGUUCCCUUGGAAAAGCCAAAGGAGAGAGCUGAGUCAAAAAAUGAGAGCUGCAAUGGAAAUGCUUUCACCUUCCCCAGCCAAGAGGGGAAAGACUUUUGAUGGAUGAGCUGUCAGGACAUUUCCUUAAGCCCCAACUCACACUGUGGGAUAUUGGGCAGGAUAAGUCAAGUGUUGUGUCGUACAGAUCAUCUCCAGGGCUGCUCAGGACCCAAAGGACAGCCCAUUUGGUUCAGAAUGAAGAAACCAGAGACCCUGGUGAGAAGGUAGUUGGUUCUGUUCACCAGAGAGGAUCCUGAAGCACCUCUGGGGUGGAGCAAGCAGCCAUACAACAAAUUGGCUCACAGGAACCAUCCACCUGCUUGAAACUACAGCCGACAUGCAACCAGCAUGCAUCUCCAAGAUGUCACCUACUCCUUGGGCCCUCCUGUUUGGGAAAUGUGUCACGUAUUGAUCAUGUUCAGGAAGAAACACGUGUGUUGCAUUUUGUUAAUGGUUGGCUUUCUUCGUGUCUCAACCUUAGCAUCUCUACUUACCGGUCCUGUGAAGUGUUUGGGGGUAGGUAUUUUUUCAUGACAUCCAACCAGCCAGGGGCCAAAGUCAUUCCACUCCCAGCCAACCUCUCUAUGUGCAGGAUAAACCUGUGAGGCUACAGGUAGGACUUGAUACGAGUGUAACACAAUCCAUUCUCACCAGCUACCUGUGCUCCUGUUGGUCUCACAGAGAGACAGAGGGACAGUUGAGGGAUGUCAUCAUCUAUGUAAGGGAUAGGAUACAUGGAGUUUUCAUGUCCUUAGUAGGGAGUGGAUUGUUACAGCCCCCUUCCUUGAAUAGCUGGAGGAGGAAAUCCUUGUUAGCUUGUCUUCAGGCUAGCACAAUAAUGACAUUGCCUCCUGCCAAGUGCUGAUCAGUCAGCUAAGGGGUGGCUCAGUGACCCAACCAGAUGGAGAGUGAGGAGAAAUGUCUCCCUGGUUGCUCAGGGCACAAAAGGGAAAACGUGACCGUGUGAUACAUGAGCAACCAGCGAUCUUCCCUUGAGGAAGUGAGGUGGGAUGUCCCAGAACAUUGCAGGGAGAUGAAUUCCACUCUUGACCAAGACAAUAAGGAAGGUGGUAAGGAAAAGUAGCGAGGUUUCCUUGGGCAAAUGCUUUCCCAGGUUGACUGACCACAGGAGGGACAGGAGUGGCUCGUUGCUCCCUGUGAGUUUUACAGCAGCCCAUUCACCUUCGGUUUAUGCCUCUCUACGGAACAACAUCAGUUGCUCAGCAUUUGGAGGCAUAGAAAAGUUUAGAAGCAGCUGAAAUUUCAAAGUCUGGAGCUUUUUAUUCCCAUUCCCUGCAGAGCACUUUCCAUUGCUUUAAUGCUUCAGGUUUUGCUGAGAAACAGCAGCGAUUUUCUUGGGGUUUGUUCCAAUAUAAAACCACCCUUGUUUGCAAAUGAAUAUCUGUGGAAGUGUAAGACAGGGCAGAAACCCUCCUGGCUGUGUCCUGGCUGAAGUUCUGCACCUGGGAUUGUCCUAAUCCAAGAGACAGGAUCCUGGAACACGCUGAAAUCUAAGUCUUGCAUGCAGGGUGCCAGGGGAUGUGCUGAAACAAAAUGUGUGUGCCAAAACUUCACAGCCAAGAGGAUCUCCCAGUAUUGGAAAUGCAGGCAGAGAGCAGUGGCACAGGUCCCAUACCUCCCUUCAAAGUGCCAUAGCCAUGCCCUGAGCUGUUGUGAACAUUUCCCAUUUAUCCAGAGCAUCAGUGGGGCCAUCUGUGCAAGUAUGGGGUGUAAAUCCAAAAACCUGUGUCCUCUGAGCCACAGGUGAGAAGGAUUAAACCCUACUGGAGAAUGGCAAGGAACUUCCUCAACACCAUGAGGUUGUACUGUGAAUUGCCUUCAUCUGCUGCUUUCCUUUCAAGUCCUGUAGUCCAGCUUUGCUCUUCUGCCCACCUGGUUUCAGCAGAUGGGUCCCCACCAGCCUUUGGUCUUCCUGUAUCAUGGGCUGAGUCUCUGCACAGGAUGGAUGUGUAAGGGAUGGGAUGUAUAUAUCAUGCUUAGAACAUCUUAGGAUGUUGGUUGUCCCUGAGCUUUGCUGGCCAAACAGACCCUCAGAACCCAUUGUGGUGUCUUCUUGUGUCCUCAGUUCUGGGAGGAUGGCAGAAGUGUCCUGAGGCUGUGAAAGGCAAGGAAUCACUAUGGAUCAUAUCACAGAGUCUUUGCAGGAGGGGGUAAAAUAAAGGCGAAUGGUCUGCUGGGAUUCCUGCAGAAGUGUAAACUGCUGGAGGGUUCUUUGUUGUGGUCUUGAAUGAGGGGUCUGAAAAACACCUACAGAGCUGACCUUGCAGGUCUGAAAAUGCGCUCCCCAUCCUCAUCCCUUGUGCUGUGGUGCGAGUUUGGAAGCAGCAUCCACCCAGCAAUGAGAGCCUGCUGCUCACCCAGGAGUUCCCUGCAGUCUGGGGAUGCUUCACAGUGAAUAAAGUCACAGAGCAAUGAGCCUCCAUGCAGCAGGAAAGGGCCAGAGGUUGGGAUGGGUGCUAAUAUACUGUGGGGGAAUUAAAAAGAAAAAAAAAAAAAAAA